CUCCCACUUCCGAUUCAUGUGUACAUUAUUCUCUUUCACACACUCCCUCUCUCAAAUUGAGAGUUCAUAAUUUUGAGGUCUGUUAUUUUUGAUCGAUCGACUUGUCAUUUUCCGAUUGUUCGGUGUCAAGUAUCACAACUCACAUUUAUUUGAAGUUUCUUGUAAUAUGCACUGUUUUGUUGCAGAGAAAACUUUAAGUACGGACACUUUGGUCUGUAUUUCUUCAACCAUUAUUGAGAAAGAAACGGACAAAAGAAGUGGUGUAGUUUUUAUUACAAAGAUUUCGGUUGUUUUCGUUUCUGGGUUUUUUUUGGGGGUGAGAGAAGAGAGUUUAUGAUGGUUCUCAAUAAUGGGUUGGAGACCAAUGCCUUUAGAUGGUCUGAAAAGAUCAGUGGAAUCAAGCAAAAAAAUAUACCUAUAUCAGCUACGUUUGUCAACACAAGGGAUCAAAAAAAAAGUUUCGGAUUGUCUUCUGCAACCAAAUUUGGAACCGGGUAUUUUCCUUCAUCUGGUUUGGGUCAGGUUCUGAAGACAAAACCAAUGAAGAGGGGAAAUGAAAAUGGUUCGUGUUCAGACAUGGAGAUCUCCUUUGGGUCAGAGAAUGCGGGUGAUGAUUUAGUUAAGCGACGGGUUUUUAGUAAGGAAGAUGAUUUGUCAGACUCUGCCACGAGUACUGAAAUUUCAUACAACACACAAUUAUCAGAUGGUUAUUAUUCUUCAAGGCUUUCUCCCACGGUUAAUCGAGAAACGACAGUCAGGAAUGAUGUUGCUGGUAGAGGCUUUAAGAAUGAGAAGUUUUCUGUUCAUGAUACUCCUAGUGCUCCUCCAUUGGUUGAUUCUCGUCUAGAGAUCAAUCAAUAUGCAAAUUCCACUUGUACUGUAGGCACAAAAAGCAUUCCUUUAGCAGAAGUUACUAAUGGCAGUGUAACCCAUAACCCAUCAGUUAGGACUACUGCUGGUUUGGAAGCUAAUGGAUCUGCACAUUCUUUACUUCCUCGUCUCCCAGCAUUUCAACCAAGGCUGAUCAGUGAGCAUGGUAGUUGGUGUUCUGUGGUUUCCUAUGAUGCUUGUGUUCGCCUUUGUCUUCAUGCUUGGGCUCUACACGGUUCUGGUGAAGUGCACUGUUUCUUGGAAAAUGAAUGUGCAUUGCUGCGAGAUGCCUUCAGUCUACGGCAUGUUCUACUCCAAUCAGAGGACGAGUUAAUGGAAAGACAGGGAGCUGCAGAGCUAGUUAGCCAGGGAGCUGCUCAAAAAUCGAAGAAAACAUUUGGCAAGAUAAAAUUGCAAGUGCGUAAAGUGAAAAUUGGUUCCGACCCACUUCCUUCCUGCGGCACCUUACCUUUUAUAAAUUCAUCAGUGCUCGAGAAAGAAUCCUUGCAAAGACAAUAUUCUCAUUUGAAAUCAAACAUAUCUUCUAGUUGGAAGUCUAUACAGAAUGUUCGUCUAGCUCCAAAGGUUCCUGCAAAUGGCUCCUUUUCUCGCCAGAGUUUGGCUUAUGCGAAAGCUGUCACCAGGUAUAUGAAGCAGGUCUCUGAGGUUCUAAAAGUAGGAGCAACAAAUUUAUGUCGUGGCCCCCUACCAUAUAAUCAAGUGGUUCAAGAAACAUACUUUUUCUUGUCAAAAUUAAAGAGUUCGUCUGACGAGGAUGUAGUUCGUAUGCGACCAGGAGCUGGUGAAGAACAUGUGUUCUUUCCAGAUGGUCUUGGUGAUUAUUUGCUUGUUGAUGUUCAAGAUUCUAAGGGACAUCUUUAUGGUCGAGCCCAAGUUCAAGUGGCUGCCAUAGCCGAUAAUCCAGAUGAGAAGCUGCGGUGGUGGCCAAUAUACAGUGAUCCAGAGCAUGAUACUAUUGGCAGAGUACAAUUGUACAUAAAUUAUACAACAAGUUCAAGUGAUCAUCCUAAGUGCGGCUCUGUUGCAGAAACUAUGGCAUAUGAUUAUCUCCUAGAAGUUGCUUUGAAACUUCAGCAAUUUAGCCAGAAAAAUUUGAUACUAAAAGGCCCCUGGAAGUGGCUUGUGAAAGAAUUUUCAUCGUACUAUGGAGUGUCAGAUGUGUAUGCCAAAUUAAGAUAUCUUUCAUAUAUAAUGGACGUGGCUACGCCAACGGAGUACUGUCUGAACUUGGUAUAUGAUUUGCUAUCUCAUGUAUUGAUCAAGGGAAACAGCAGAAAUACCUUGAGUCAUCAAGAGAAACGAAUGCUAGGAGAUGUAGAAGAACAAACUAAAGACAUACUUGCUUUGGUUUUUGAAAACUACAAGUCACUUGAUGAGUCGUCACCAUCUGGAAUGAUGGACAUUUUUAGGCCGGCUAAUGGGUUGGUGGCCCCUGCUUUGGCUCCUGCUGUUAAAUUGUACACUCUUAUGCAUGAUAUUUUGAGCCCUGAGGCACAGUUGAAAUUCUGCAGAUAUUUUCAGGCUGCUACGCAGAAGAGGUUAAGAAGGCACUUGGCAGAAACAGAUGAGUUUGUAGUGAGCAGCAAUGAGGGAACACUGAUUGAUACUUCAAUAUCUUACGAGAAAAUGAAAUCUCUGAUUUUGAAUAUCAGAAAUGAAAUUUUUACAGACGUGGAAAUUCACAAUCAGCAUAUGCUUCCAAGUUUUAUAGAGCUUCCAAAUAUUUCUUCUUCAAUAUAUAGCGUGGAGCUCUCCAGUAGACUGCGUGCAUUCCUUGCUGCACGCCCUCCUCCUGGUCCAUCCCGUCCUGUUUCUCAACUUGUUAUUGCAGCCGCUGACCUUCAAAGGGAUCUUCCCCUCUGGAAUGUCAAUCCUGUUAAUGGUGGAGUUGAUGCCAAAGAGUUAUUCCGCUCAUAUAUUACCCGCUGGAUUCAAGACAAGCGGCUUGAUUUGCUUGAGUUUUGCAAACCAGAUAAGGUGAAAUCAUGCUGUGUUGGAUCGCAGCUUUCAACGUCUCCAUUUAUUGAUGAGAUGUUCAAUCGCAUAGAGGAGGCAAUCAAUGAAUAUCAAAUCAUUCUUUGCCGCUGGCCAGAAUAUAUAUCUCUCUUGGAGAAAGCCAUUGCAGAUGUUGAGAAAGCAACUUUUGAAGCUGUAGAGAAGCAGUUUAAUGAUGUUCUGGCACCGUUGAAGGAUAAUCUGGCAAACAAGAUAUUGGGACACAAAUAUGUCCAGAAACUAUCAAAAGGAACAGUUAACAUCUAUUUGGUCCCAGAUGAGCUGGGAGUUCUUUUAAAUUCAAUGAGAAGGUUGCUGGACUUGAGAUGCCCAAAAAUAGAAACCUUGUUGAAGUCUUGGAAUUAUUGCUUUCCUGAUGAUGUUCAAUCAGUCAUAGGAGAACAUCUGAACGAUGUAAAAGUUAUGCUGAGAGCCAAAUUUAGAAACUACAGGCAGGCAAUUGUAGAGAAACUGGCAGAGAAUACAAGAGUGCAAAGUUUAACAAAGUUGAAGAACAUAAUUAGAGACUCGAAAGAAGAAGAUGUACAAAACCAAAUGCAACCAUUAAAAGAUCUACUGAUGAAGACUAUUCAUCACCUUGAUACUGUUGUUGAACCUCCGGUGUUCAUACAAAUCUGUUGUGAAUUCUGGGAACGAAUGGGACAGGAUAUUCUGCAUAUUUUGGAAGAUGGGGGAGAGAAGAGGUCCUGGUACAAAGGAUUAAGAGUUGCAGUAUCUAUUCUGGACGACAUAUUUGCAUCAGAAAUGCAGAACUUGCGCGGGAAUUCUUUGCAUGGGAAAGAACUGGAGCUACCAGGAUCCAUUAGAGAAAUCCAUUCCAUGCUCCGCAAUGAUGCUUUGUAAGAAUUAGUCCUUCAUUUAUAACUAUUAUUUUCUUAUUUUUGGUUAUAGGUUGUCAUCACGGCCUCCGUGGUGACUAAUUUUUAUUUUUCUACAAUUAUUAUUAUUAUUAUUAUAGUGAUGAGUAAUCAUAGGCAUAGCUAAAUAGUACUAGACUAGAGGAGGCCCAAGUUCUAAUAUGGAAAAAAAAAAAGCUCACUAGUGAGGAAAAUGUAAAGUCUUCUGAGGUCAGAAUUUUGUAACACUGUAGUAUCAUGGAUAGCAUGAGUAUGUAUAUAAUAAUUCCAUAGUUUUGCUCCAUUCA